CUCUAGCCCCUCACCAACGAUAAACAACCCCCACCAGCUACUCAACGAACAAUACGCGCUCACAUUUCGUCUUACUUGCUGCAGUUACGGGACACGCCAGUGUUCUUGCUUCGCAGUGGCCAAUGGCCAUCUGAAGCUCUCUUACUUCUCAAUCAAGCCUCAUCGCGCAAGCAAGUACGAGUCGUCGUCGAUCGUCGCAGCCUUCUAUGCCAGUGUGUAUAAAGGUUGCUUCGUAACCAGUUACACGCACAUCUACCACUAUUCUUAUACAAACUUUUUGAGAUUUCAUCGAGAUAACAAACAAACUCGAAAAGAUGAAGUUCGUUCAAGCCUUUGUCCUCGCUGCUGUUUGCAUCGGCUUCUCCGCCGCCGAUAACCUCAAGUGCACAAUCAAACCUGCUGAGGUACCACAAGCAUGGCGAGAUAUGGUGAAUCCUUGCAUCAGGAUUAUGGAAAAUCAGGUUAAGGUUGAAAUUGAAGCUGCCAUGACAUACCUUGCUAUGAGUGCCCACUUCGCGCGCGACAUAGUAAACCGUCCAGGUUUCAGCAAGAUGUUCCUGGAAUCAGCUAAUGAAGAGCGCGAACACGCGAUCAAGAUCAUCGAAUAUCUAUUAAUGCGUGGCCAAUUGACCAGCGACGUCAGUAAAUUACUAAAGUUUCCGCUCAAACCAAUCCGCGAGGAAUGGAACAGCGGUGUCGAAGCACUUACCGAUGCUCUUAACCUUGAGUCUCAAGUCACACGCAAUAUCCGUGAAAUCAUCAUGACCUGCGAGUCGCCUAAGGACAUUCCCUUCAACGACUAUCACUUGGUGGAUUACCUUACUGGCGACUUUUUGGAAGAGCAAUACAAGGGCCAACGUGACCUUGCCGGAAAGAUCUCUACGUUAGGCAAGAUGAUGGCAUCACAUGGUGCUCUCGGAGAGUUCUUGUUUGACAAGAAGCUCUUGAAUAAUGAAAUCUAAGGAGUUAUUGUUUAUGCAAAUUUUACCAACACUGAACAAAUUAUAAUGUAAUUAUAUCAAUCAGAUAAGGUAUAGAACAAAACCUUCGAGAACAUGUUACAAUCUUGUAUUUUCCUAUUUUCUUCCUUUGGUAACAUAUUUUUUUUUAUAAAACGCACUGGUAUCCAUAGGAUUUAGCAAUGUGUGCUAUAAUUAUAAGUCAGUUACUGUAUAAAGAACAUUUUAUAUACAUAGUUUGUUGUUAUAUGAUUGAUUCUAUACCGAUUGUAAGAAUA